AUGCCCCUCGUCAUCCCCGGAAUCAACAACACCGGCAGCAGCGGCUCGGGCAACACUGAGGAGUGGAUGACCAAGCUGAUGGGCAAGCGGCUGGGCGACACGAGCAACGAGACGCAGUUCGCCAAGAAGGACCUGCCGCAGAACCACCGCGUCGUCGAGGACGGGGGCAUGAUGACCAUGGAUCAUAAUCCGGACCGACUCAAUAUCCACGUCGACAAAGACGGGACCGUCAAGAAAGUGACGCACGGAUGA